CGGAUUCCGACAAUUCGGCGCAGGUGCGUGCGUGCGUUUUUGUCCUCCGCACUUUGGACGGGGUGGGCGGCCCCACCAAGGUGCAGGACAGGUGCGGGCCUGCGAAUCCUCGGCGUGGAUGGACAGCCACACCACAUCAUCGGGGCAUGCAAAUCGAGAAGUUUCCCGUAAUCCAUAAUUCUGGGAUAUCGAACGAACUCGUCCACCGCCUGUCUCUCAACAACCCCCCCCGCCUUUCAACGCAGCCCUCCACUCCGCCGGCGCUCACGGAAGAAACAAACACUGCAGCUGGGGUCGAGUCUUCCUUUUUCUUCGUUUGUUUCCUGAUCCCCGUUCCGACCUACGGCUAGAUUACCACCCCCCAAAGCCGCCCCAGCCAUGCCUCCCACGAAGCUCCCGGAAUCCGGCAACCCGCUGGUCUUUUUCGACAUCACGCUUGGUGGUGAGCCUCUCGGCCGCAUCACAUUCGAGCUCUUUAAGGAUGUCGUCCCCAAGACGGCCGAGAACUUUCGCCAGUUCUGCACCGGCGAGUCCAAGGAUGCCCGGGGUCGUCCGCAGGGCUAUAAGGCCUCCAAAUUCCACCGGAUUAUUCAAGGCUUCAUGUGCCAGGGCGGCGACUUCCUGAACGGCGACGGUACCGGCUCGGUAUGCAUCUACGGCACCUCCAAAUUCGCCGAUGAGAACUUCAACUUGAAGCACGAGCAGCCUGGUCUGCUCUCCAUGGCUAAUGCCGGCCCCGAUACAAACGGCUCCCAGUUCUUCAUCACCACCGUUCCGACGCCCUUCCUGGACAACAAGCACGUCGUCUUUGGCAAGGUCGUCGACGGCAUGGAGGUUGUCAAGAUGAUGGAGGCUACUAAGACGGGCCGAACCAGGACGUUGUUAUCGCGCAGUGCGGUGAGAUCACGUUGA